AUGUCCAGGCCCUUUAUCACAUCUACAGCCGCCCGGCGGUUAUCACAGCAACCCCGCCGGGUCCUCUCGACCUCCCGACCUGUUUUGCGCCUCUCGGCAUCCUCAGUCGGCGAAUUCGCUCCCCGCCGGGCAACUGCUGCAGCUGCAGCCGGCACUUCUUUUUGCAGAUAUUCAGUACCGAAAUCAUCGCUCGCUCGAUCCCUCUUCCGUCAGCCUUGCGCUUAUUUCUCUGCCUCCUCUGUCCGUCCUGCCACCCAGGUUACGCAAAACCCGAGAACCGGAGAUGAUGGGGAGACACUUAUGAUUGCUAUCUCGCCAAGAGCUGUCGAGCGCCUUCGCGAAAUCACCGACCCAACCUCCUCGCCCUCCGCUACAAAACAAGAAAACCCUUACAACCAUCUCCGCAUUACCGUGACCAGUGGCGGCUGCCAUGGCUUCCAAUACAUGAUGUCGCUUGAAUCCGCGGAGAAAAUCGACGCUGAAGAAGAUACGGUCUUCGAGGGUGAUAUGGACGGUGCCGACAUGGUGAAUGCCGCUGGAGUAGCAAAGGUUGUCAUGGAUGAGCCGUCGUUGGAGCUGCUCUCCGGAAGCACAGUCGACUACACCACCGAGUUGAUCGGCAGUCAAUUUAAGAUCGUGGACAACCCGCGUGCAACUAGUAACUGCGGUUGUGGCACGAGCUUUGAUGUCAUGGAUUGA